CGCCGUUUUUCAUGGUGGUAUAUGUGGUUUUCAAGAUGCUGUGAUAUUUCGAAGCGUUAUAUAAUAUCAUGGAUGCUGAGCUGCUGCUUUCUUUGACACAGAAGAAAUUCCCCGGACGGUUCCAAUGGAUGCAGUUAGUGAUUUUGAGUUUGCCGCUGAUUUUGAGCGGAAUGAGCGAUACCGUGGUAGUAUUUUAUGGCUUAGAGCCGAUGUUUAUGAAAGUGAACAUCUCCGGAAAUUCCAGUACCAACCGUACAGUGCUGUUACCGUUCAGUAUGUUUCGUUCAUCCAACGCUUGCGCAACGUUUGGUGGAGGCGAAAGUCUGGAAUACAUCUACCAGGACCAACAAUGGUCCAUCAUAGCUGACAUGGGUCUCAUUUGUGAGAAAUAUUGGCUACUUGCCUUUGCAACUACGAUAUAUUUUCUUGGUCAACUCAUCGGAAGCUUCUUUAACUGGACAGCGGAUGUUUAUGGCCGUAAAACGACGCUUUUGUUGGCAACACUGUUGUUUACCUGUUUGAAUACAGGACUAAUAUUCAUCGCUGAUUAUGUCUUAUUCAGUAUUCUGCGUUUCAUUGUCGGCUUCUGCAGACAGGCAUUAGGCAACAUUGCCUUUGUAUGGAUCUCUGAGUGGAUUCCAGCAAAGCAGCGCAGCAGUUGGUCGGCGGUAUCCCAAAUCUCCUACAUACUCGGAAUGAUCAUUCUGGCCUUGAUUGCAUAUUUUCUUCAAAAAUGGUAUUUCAUCCAAGCAGCAUUGAGCGCGUUUGCCGGCGUUGCGUUGGUGCUUUUAUGGUUUGCUCCAGAAUCUUUGCGAUGGAUUCUGUUGCAAAGGCAGUAUAGCCGAGCGGAGAGGCUAUGUCAAAAAAUUGCAAAAAUUAACGGCAUGAACGCGGAGGAGAAAAUUUGUUCCGCAUUUGAAUAUGAAUCGACGGCGUCUAUUCUUAAACGUAAAGGAUCGUACUUCUUCGCUUGCUUGUCCACCCGAAACAUAAGAAGAUUCACUGCACUCUGCUCGUUUGUAUGGAUGGGACUGCAAGUCAUUUAUGUUGGCUUAAUCCUAUUCAUCAACAAACUCCUAGGGAAUAUUUUUCUAAAUUCCGCCAUAAGUGCCACCUUGGAACUCAUACCACGAAUACUGCUCAUAUUGCUGUCCACAAAAUACGUUUUCGGCAACCGCCCAUCGCUGAUGUUUUACACCGGAUUGGGAGGGAUAAUUGCACUAGUUGCCGGCCUGGUCCCAUCCAGUAUUUUGUAUUACGGGCCUGUUGUAACUGCGUUGGUGAUGAUAGCUCGGAUGGUCAUUUCCAACUCGGUCUCCGUUAUGUACACGUACGCUUCGGAGUUGUUCCCAACGGUGAUACGAAACAGCGGAAUGGGCGUAUGUUCAGUUGCUAUGCGGAUAGGAUCAAUGGCAGCGCCUCAAAUUCUGCUACUGGGAGACUUAGGUGACUAUACCGGACUUCCACUGAUAAUAAUGGGAAUAUGCGCAUUAUGUGGCUUCUUUGCUGCCGCUCUCCUGCCGGAAACGCAGGGAACUAAACUAAUGACAACCGUGGAGGAAGCCGAGAAAUUCGGCGAACAAAGCUGGGCAUCAUUCAUACAAAACGUGGACAAUGCUAAAAUGAAAAUUACACGAUCUAAAUCCGUUGCAUUUCAAGAGAACCAUUCAAAAGUCGACGGUGAGUGUGGACCGUCCAAAGGGGAUGUUACAGAAGUGUGUGGAAUUCAGGAGCAGAAAGUUGUUAUUGUUAAAAAGAGCAAUAGCUUGCCUGAUACAGAUAAAAUCUCCGUGCUUAGUAUGGAACCAUAACUUCAUGAUCUACUUUCUCUUCCUAUAAUACGACGUUUUAUGCUCGCU